AUGAAUCUCUCCAAUGUCAAAGCUGCAAACAGCCGAUCCCACGAGUCCAUUUGUGCUUGUAGUGAAUGUUGCAUAGAAUUUGGUUUUGUCAGUUGGAAUUUGAUGUUUCACGGAAGAAAAAGUAGACAUAUUUGUCGAUAUCAAAAGCUCCCACAAAAUUCGGUUCUACAAGAAGAUAAAGGACGAGAAAGAAUUGAAUAA